CGUGGCCAGGCCUGGUCCUCUGCAGGGGCCAUGUCAGCGCCGCCGCCCCUGCAGAUCCGCGAGGCUAACGCACACCUGGCUGCCGUUCACCGGCGCGCGGCGGAACUGGAGGCGCGGCUGGAGGCCGCCGAGUGCACGGUGCGCGCCCAGGCCGAGCGCCUGGCCCGCCACGACCAGCAACUGAGCGCCGCUUUAGACGAGCUGGGACGCGCCAAAGACCGUGAGAUUGCCGCCCUCCGGGAGCAGCUGCUGACCUCGGAGGCUGCUGUCCAGAGUCUGCAGGCUGCUGUGCGCCAGAGGGACAAGCUCAUCGGGCAGUUGCAGCCCCGGGCUGAGCUGCUGCAGGAUCUCUGCCGCCGCCGGCCGCCCCUGGCUGGGCUGCUGGCUACCCUGGCUGAGGCCGAGCGCCUGGGGCCCCUGCCAGCCAGUGACUCACUCCCUGGUGGGCCCAGCUCACCCCUUGCCAACAGUACUGGGGAGGAAGAGGACAGGGACCAGCUCGAGCCCGCAGUGUUUGGGACCACUGUGUGAGUCCCAGAGAGCAGGUUCCGGAAUGGUGAAAGAGGACUCCAGUGGGACUUCUUCUACUGCCCGGGUAUCCUUAGGGUUAAGAUAUCCCAGAGAGGACCCCUUGGAAGAGCCAUAAUCCUCAGUGUCAGAACCUGUUAAAAAGGAAUAGGUUUCAUAUCGGUGGCCUGCAGGCCAAAUGCAGAUGAACUCAGCCAGUUUUUCUUUUUUUUAAAAAAAAAAGCAAAACUUUGAAUCAA